AGGCAAACACCUCUAAAACCCUGGUAAAGCUAAAACCAAAGCCAAAAGCGAAGAUGACUUCACAUGAAACCGACGCAAGUAUGGUUCCCGUCGCAGAGGGAUCCACCGGUGCCGGACCUUCCACCGCCACCGAUCUCACGACGCUGCCGCCGCCGCAGUCCGCCAAGAAGGGGAAGGUGUUCGAGAUCAAAAAGUGGAACGCCGUCUCGCUCUGGGCUUGGGAUAUCGUGGUGGAUAAUUGUGCGAUUUGCAGGAACCACAUCAUGGAUCUCUGCAUCGAGUGUCAGGCUAAUCAAGCUAGUGCCACCAGCGAGGAAUGCACUGUUGCUUGGGGAGUUUGCAACCAUGCGUUCCACUUCCACUGUAUUAGCAGGUGGCUUAAGACUCGUCAAGUUUGCCCUCUUGAUAACAGCGAGUGGGAGUUUCAGAAGUACGGUCACUAGAGUCGUUGUUAGAGAAUACACAAGGGGGGCAAUUGUCAAGAAAAUAGUUGGCCUAUUUGUACAAAUACUCUAAUGCUUUCCCCUUUACCUAUUGUUCCUAUUGAGGCAUUUUUUUUUGUUGCUGUUGCUAGUUAUCUCUUCUGUUAAUGCAUCCCUACUAAUUCUGAAUUGUUGUGUUUAUUUAGCGUGGUGUGUUUCAUUAUUUGAUUUA